CAAAAACACACAAGACAAGCAUUACGUAUUUCCUUUCGAGCUUGCAAUUAAAGUAUCUUUUAUAUAAAACGUAUGAUUCAGGUGUAGUUGAACGAAAGCAUUAUGAACGACGAGUACGACUAUCUGUUUAAAUUAUUACUCAUUGGCGACUCGGGGGUUGGCAAAUCCUGCAUUCUGCUUCGUUUCGCGGACGACACUUUCUCGGAGUCAUACAUCAGUACGAUUGGCGUGGACUUUAAGAUUCGUACGUUGACGCUUAAUAACAAGCAAAUCAAGUUACAAAUAUGGGAUAGCGCUGGACAAGAGCGUUUUCGUACUCUAACCACGGCGUACUACCGCAGCGCUCAUGGUAUAAUACUCGUCUACGACGUCAACGAUCGAGAGACGUUUAUUCAUAUAGAAAAUUGGCUUCAGGAAGUGUCCAAGUACGCCGCCAACGAGGUGAAUCGAGUUUUGGUGGGCAACAAAUGCGAUGUCUUGAACAAACGCGAAGUGGAAUACGAAACAGCUCGUGUUUACGCGGAGAAAUUGGGCAUCUCUUUCACAGAAGCAAGUGCGAAAGAUCGAACGAAUAUCGAAAAAUUGUUUAACAUAAUGGCGAACGAAUUAGUUGAACGAUUAGGGGAAAGUAUUGAGGAGCCUUCGCCGCUGCAAGAGGACAAAGUUGAACUGACCGCUGGCACGGAAGUUCAUGGCAGUGGCUAUCGUUGCUGUGGAUUUGGAUAGCAUUCUAUCGUUCUUUCUCAAAACGCGUACGUUUGGUUUGUUCGUUCUCAAAACACGUACAUUUUAGAUAGUAAGGGACGUUCAGGAAUUUGUCACUCGUACGAGACUAGAUUGCCGAACUCGACUCGAAUGCACUUUUAGAUUCCUUGGUUGUUAAUUGCAAUAGUCGAACUCAGUGUCUCGGCUACCUACGUGUUAUCGCAGUUCGUCUCUAUUCAUUUGCAUUAAGUUAUAUAAAUGUUAUCGAUUUCA